AUGCAAUUGAACGAAGAAUCGUGUGAAUAUGUAGAAAUGAUUGUUGCAGACCCACUGGAUUCAGAGGUCUCCGACGAUGCUGAUUUAGAUCAUGACGGUAAUCCGGAGCUGCUCAACUUGAUCACUGAAACAUGGGGUCUGGAUCGUGUGAUUUAUGACAUUUUGAUCGCUCAUGGAUAUACUGUGGAGUAUGCCAAGACGCUGGACGAAAAGGCAUUAAACGACGUAUUUACGUUAACGAAAUGGACUGCCUACAAACAUGUACUGCGCCAAAAACUAAUGGUGUGGGAAGAAAGUGUGCUAUACCACGAAACAGAAGCAGCUGCCAGAACAAUCAACACAGUUUUCGACCAGAGCACAGCAACCAUCUCUCCACAUCGAAAACUUAUUCCAACAGGUGUCACGAGGGCUUUACUCGACAAUAUUUUGGAGCGCAAUAAAAAGGGCAAGAUUGUGUUCAAAUAUUAUCAAUCGCUCCGUCGUCUAGAUAGUCACCAUCGGAAGUACUUGGCACACACCAUCGUUGACUACUAUAUAGCGAAUGAAAAGUAUUUUUCGCUUCCGGACAUGGCCCGAUUUGCGGAACUCAUUGCCGACCGAUUUCCUCCAGAAAUAGCCGAGACGUAUUACAAUCCCCGUAAUAGCUCUGUAAACAAGAAGCACCCAUCUGGUAUGUUGAAUGAUCGUUUUCACAACAGGAAGAAAACGUCUGCGACACCGAUUUCUCACACUCCAGUGACAAAAAUGACUUUUCAUUCGAGGCAAAAACUAGCUGCAUUACAGUUAUCUGAAACAGAAAUUCGUCGAUUGGACUCUAGCAAGGUUUGGUUGCGGAAUAAUUGUGCACCAGGUGAUCAAGUUUUAUCCCACUGGAAACAUUCAAUUCUGCUGCGGCUGAGGAGCAUUCAACAUGAUAAGAACAUAAACAAAUCUACGGUUCUAUCUGAGUGGCCCCGAUACAUGGACGAAGACGGAUACUUGUUGGUUGAUGUGGACUUUGAACACCUUUUCCAAAGGUCAAAUGAGCAUACGAGUGAGCAAGGCAAACUGUUCGAGAAAUGGGAAUGGUUCUGUACACACUUUCAUGAAUACCUUUUGUCAGCUGAUGUCAAAGACGAUUACUCUCGUCAACUUAUUAGCGCUUUGGAAGAUGGAGAUGAUUCAAAAGAUACAAGAGACAUUGUGCUUUGUGUGGCAUUCCAUGGCGUAAUUAAACCAGUAAGAACCUCUGCUAAAAAGCUCCCAACGAUUCUUCAAGCUCAAAUUGAUACAUUCUUUGUGUGUGAAAUGGAAGAAGAACUCACAGAUUCAUGGCAUUCUCAAAUACACGAGUUGGAAUCGACCGGCGCUCAAUUUUCACCAAGAAUUUGCGCAGUGGGCGCAAUCGGUAAUUUGGAGAGUUUUUAUGUUGUAACAAAUAAGCUGCGAUAUAAACUACCAUCACUCGUACGUUGCCUGGAUGUAGUCGUAAAGCUGAAGUUCACAUUGGAUCUGCAAUUCCCGGAGAGUAGUGAGCUAUUCUGGGCAUUCAUCAGCGGAUAUUUUUACGGUAUAGAUUACACUCAAAAAUCGAAAAACACUCAAAUAUUGCAGUUGGUUGCUUAUCUAAGCUCACGUGAAAAAUGA